AUACGCGAUGAUACGACGAUGCAACGAUAGAUCAAGCUUCAGAAAUAUCGAACGAUAAUAAUCGUUAUCUUAGUUUAUCCAUUGCAAUCAUUUCGAAAAAUUAUGCGAAAAGUGUAACGUUUGGCUAACAGUCAACUACUCUGAUGUUUAAAUUCGUAACUGUACCCUAAAACAUAUAUAUAUAUAUAUAUAUAAUUAAGUAGUUAUCGCGUAAAAUUAUUUCAUCGCUAAUAAAAUGCAUACCUGUUAAGAUUAUGAGCUGCAUUCGUGAUGCGAAUGGAAUUUUCUAGCCUGCUGAUUCGACAAUUGUCAAGUAUUUUAGCUGUCGCUGACGGCACUUUGCCCGAUAUAUGAUUGUCGUGAAAAUAUUGAAAAGCCUUCGUCGUGUAAAUUCCUACCAUGAGUGCUUAUCGUAUCGCUAGAACUUGCAUCGAAAUAACGUUGCUCUUUCUUUUCGUUUUUUCUUAUUCGUUUUCGCGAAUAGUUUGCUGGAACUUUGAAGCCGCGAAUCUACCGGAAGACACGUUUAUUUGGAAAUUUGCUAUUUGGAGAAAUCGCGCCUUCUUAAAUAUUCCAAGGUGUUGUAACGAUAGAUUAAAUGAUUUCGGGAGAGUAGAGGGAAAAAACGAAUCUUUGGUAAACGGUAUGACUCUGUUCGAAGCUAUUUGGCCGGAAUCGAAUUUGUCCAGGGUGAAACGCAGCAAACUAUUCUCAUCGAAUUCGCGUGGUAAACCCAUCGAUGAUGGGUGUCCGAGAUCAAUCGUGAAACUGGAUGUUGAUAUUCGAGGACGUUUGUGGUUACUCCAAGUGCCAGACAGCUACGAUUGUUCGGCUAGAAUCGUCGUUUAUAAUUUGAAACGAAGUAGCAAUUUGGUUUUAUCGACGGAUUUGUCGAAUGUUCCAGCGAAAAAUUUGAGAGCUCUAGUCAUCGACGCUUCCGGAAGCAAAGCGUAUUUGGGAGAUCCGGGAGACGAAUCGAUUAUAGCGUUCUUGCCAGAGAAAGAGAGAUGGUGGAGGAUAAUGAUGGUUCACGGUCCGGAAGUUCCGCGAGUAGUUAGUACCGACAUUGCGAUAUCAAGGAAUAACUCGGUGUUGUACAUGAGCGGUUCCGAUACAUUACAUUUAUUCAGUAUAAACUUGGACGAAUUGUGGAACGAGCAAAAUGUUUCUGCGUUUAACGAUAAAUCACGAAAUGUUAGGGUUGAUUGGCACGGUACCAAAAUGGGCACUUCCUCCGGACUGAUUUGCGACUUCAACGACGGUCUCCAUUAUUUUAUGUCCUCGGAAAGGGCCAGCGUCCGCUGGGACACGAAACUUCCCUUGAGAGCUGAGAGUCAUACGAUUCUUGUACAAAACGAAAACUGUCCGUGUAUAACUGAUUACGGAAUAGACAGCCGGAAGAACUUAUGGGGUUUAGUAAACUCAAAGUGUCGAUUCGAGUCGCAAGAAUCAUCGCAAAAAUUGCGAUUUAAUUCACGGACCAUUAAAAUUAUGAAAUAUCCGACAUUGUAAAAU